AUGGAGAAAACGCUUGCCAAUGAACAAUGGUAUCAUGGAUUACUCCCCCGAGAAGACAUCAAGAUGAUGCUUCGUUCGAAUGGCGAUUUCUUGGUGCGAACUACUGAGCCUGUCGCAGGGAAACCACGUGCCCUUGUUCUCUCAGUCAUGGUCAAGCAGGAGCUUGAAGAUCAAGGAAUCAAACAUUUCGUCAUCACGGUUUUACCAUCCGGCAAAGUCAUGAUCGAGAAGUACGCUUUCGAAUCGGUCACCGCUAUGGUUGAAUACCAUGUCAACAAAAAGGACUCUAUAACUAAGGUUAGUCAAUACGGACAUAUGCAAAGACUUUUUUGA